AAGCAUAACAGUGUAUCUUUCCCGAAAUAAGGAUGUGGAUUUACCCGUAGAUUUGGACGUAAAAUCCGAGGAAAUCUGGACCAUCUGAUUGAUUUCACUGAUUCUUAUCAGAGAGGACUCCUAAUAAUCGUCCUCUGGUUGUCGCUUCAACAUAAUGAAACGCUCUGGUGCGGAACCUCAGGAGAGUGCAUUCCCGCAGCAGCGAGUCAAUACAACGGUGCCUGUUGAGAGGGUAAUUGGCAGCCAACGUAUCCCAUUGCCUUCAUCUGUCCCCGUCUUCGAGCAGGCAGUACAACCCGAGAACAUGGCCAGUGGUUUACAUUAUCAACCUAUGCCUGGAUAUUCUGUGCCACCAGUAGGUCAGCCUGUCAGCCAUCACGGUGGGGUACACCAUCCACCAAACCAUCCCCAUCCACACGCUGCAUCCCAACAGGCUGCAACUCACCAACAAACCAUCCAUCAGGCUCAAGCACAGUCACAGGCACAAGUUGCUCAGGUACAAGGCCAACAGCAGCAGCAACAACAACAGCAGCAGCAACAACAACAACAGCAGCAGCAGCAACAACAAUAUCAGAGGCUGAAAGUUGAGGAUGCUUUGUCAUAUCUCGACCAGGUCAAGCUUCAGUUUGGAAGCCAACCUCAAGUCUAUAAUGACUUCCUUGACAUCAUGAAAGAAUUCAAAUCACAAAGCAUUGAUACCCCUGGUGUUAUCAAUCGAGUUUCCAACCUCUUCAAAGGACAUCCAGAUCUUAUUGUUGGUUUCAACACUUUCUUGCCUCCUGGAUACAAGAUAGAGGUUCAAGCGAAUGACCCCUCACAGAUUAAUGUCAGCACACCUGGAAACCCAAUACCAAAGCUUCUGACAGUGACGGGCUUACACCCCAACAAUACACCAUCCUCUGGGCCAGCCAGCAGUCAUGGGUCGGUGGUUCAAACCCAGACUCCAGGACCACCUACACAGAGCUCCCAACCGCAAGUGGUGACACAACCAGCCAAGCAAGCCACAGGAACAUAUGGACAGGCCAGUAUUUCAAAGGCGAAUCUCCAUCAGAUGGCGAGUGCCGUUCCCAUUCAGAACCAAGCUGCAGCUGGAGGACAUACCUACUCCCAACCCCCUCCCCCUGCUGCCCAGACGAGCCCACAACAGUCACAGAUAGGACAUGUUGCUACUGGAGGUGGUGGGGGAGGAGGAGGGGGCGGUGGAGGUGGUGGAGGUGGGAGUGGUGGUGCGGGUCAGCCAGUAGAGUUUAAUCAUGCUAUAACUUACGUCAACAAAAUUAAGAACCGGUUUCAAAACCAGCCUGAAAUCUACAAAGCCUUCCUGGGCAUCUUGCACACCUACCAGAAGGAGCAACGGAUCGUCAAGGAAUCCGGUGGCACCUACCAACCUUCCCUAUCAGAAACGCAAGUCUUCAGUCAGGUGUCCAAGCUGUUUGAAAACCAAGAGGAUCUCCUCAAGGAGUUUGGGCAUUUCUUGCCCGAUGCGAAUGGUGCGGCUGGAUUAGCAUCCUCCUUUGGACUAGGAAGGGACAAUCUCUCCAGAAUCCUUGUGCAAACUGAACACGCAGAAACGAAGAAACCACGCCAGACGCCUAAACACAGCAGUCAAGUGAAAAGACAAGGACAAGGAGCACAUCAUCCAAGCAAGAAAAUCAAGAUUGGUCCAACAAAAGACAUUUCUCUUGAUGAAGCAGGCAAACAUGGAAGCCUUAGUGAAUUUGCUUUCUUUGAUAAGGUGAGAAAAGCACUGAAUAGUCAGCAGGUCUAUGACAACUUUCUUCGGUGUUUGGUUCUCUUCAAUCAAGAAAUCAUUUCGAGAGCAGAAUUGGUACAGCUUGUCAACCCAUUCCUCGGUAAAUUUCCCGAGCUGUACCGCUGGUUCAAGGAGUUCCUCGGCUACAAAGAAUCAGACAAAAUCGAGCCUCCUCACCAGCCCAAAGAAAGAUCCCAGGGAGAAUUAUAUACUGAAAUAGAUUUCUCCAAUUGCAAGCGUUGUGGAGCGAGCUACAGGGCUCUCCCUAAGAGCUACCAACAGCCAAAGUGCGGCGGAAGAACGGGUUUGUGUAACCAGGUCAUCAAUGACACAUGGGUCUCCUUCCCUUCAUGGUCAGAAGAUUCUACAUUUGUUGCUUCCAGGAAAACUCAGUAUGAAGAGCACAUCUAUAGAUGUGAGGAUGAGAGAUAUGAGUUGGAUAUAGUGAUAGAAAUCAACUCACACACCAUCCGAGUACUGGAACAUGUGUCCAAGAAACUCUCCAGAAUGUCUCCAGAGGAAUCCUCCAAGUUCAGACUAGACAACUCCUUGGGUGGCACAUCAGAAGUUAUUCACAGGAAAGCCAUUCAGAGGAUAUAUGGAGACAAAUCACCAGACAUUAUUGAAGGCUUGAAGAAAAAUCCUGCUGUUGCAGUUCCCCUUGUUCUCAAGAGGUUAAAACUGAAAGAGGAUGAAUGGAGGGAGGCACAGCGGAAUUUCAACAAGAUCUGGAGAGAACAGAAUGAGAAGUACUACCUCAAGUCCCUGGACCACCAGGGACUCAACUUCAAACAAAACGAUGUCAAGGCACUCAGGUCAAAAAGUUUGUUGAACGAGAUCGAGGCAAUAUUCUACGAGAGACAAGAAGGUUUAGGUACUGGAGAGAAUGGAGCAGGGUUAUGUGGACCUCAUCUAUCUCUACCCUUCAUGAAUAGGCAGUUCAUGGAGGAUGCCUCAUCACUCAUCAUACAUCAUACCAAGAGACAAACAGGAAUCCACAAGACAGAGAAGCAGAAGAUCAAGCAGCUCUUACUCCAUUUCUUGCCAGACCUUACCUUUGAGGAACGAGGAGAGCUAUCAGAUGACGAGGAUGAAGAUGAAGAUAUGGAUACAGAUGAAGGGGACCAGUGUUCAAGAAAGGAUGUUGCUGCUGCUGACACUAAGAAAUCUAAAUUUGUCAAUGGGCCCCUUGAGAGGGUCAUUUGGGAAGCACCCGACUCGUAUCGUAUGUUCUUUGUGAACAACAACUGGUAUCUGUUCUUGAGGCUGUACCACAUCCUGUGUGAAAGACUUGAGAAGAUGAAGAAGAGGUGUGAGGUAAUCAUGGAAACAGAAGGAGGCCUGAACAGGAGAGCUGCCAAGGAAUCAACAGCUUUAGCAUUGGGAUUGAAACAACCACAAAUGGAUCCAAGUGAGUACUAUAACACAUUGCUGGAUCUGAUCCGAAGUCUCUUAGAUAACAAUAUUGAGAGUGGUACCUAUGAAGACCAGCUGAGAGAGAUGUUUGGUAUCCAUGCGUACAUGGCCUUCACUCUGGAUAAGGUUGUCAGCAAUACAGUGAGACAGCUUCAGCACAUAGUGACAGAAGAUACGUGCAUGCAGGUCACAGAUUUGUUUGUGAAUGAGAUCAAGUCAGGUGGAACAGGAGGCAGUCUUGCUUCCAUGCCAGUCAGAGCAAACGCUGAAGCGUUGUAUCAGCGGAAAGCAGAGCAGCUUCUAUCGGAAGAAAACUGCUUCAAGAUCACCUAUGCCAAGUCUGAUCGUAAGCUGUGCAUCGAGCUGUUAGACACAGAAGAAGAUCCCAGUGACGAUCCUAUGGAGGUCGAUAAGUGGGUGGACUAUGUGGAGAAGUUUGUCCUUUCUGAAAGCAUCUCACCAGAACUCAGGGAACAGCUCACCAAGAAACCGGUCUUUCUACCAAGGAGCUUACGAAAGACUCGCCAGCAGUCACCCGAAGAGGACAGAGAUACCUGCCCGACGGACUUCAUCUCUCACAUCCUGGCAUCGGCCUCGGCGCAAGAAUCUGCCACGCCCCCUUCCCAAGAGGAAACGGACACCCAUCACUGUGAGGAGAUGCUGAAACAGAAUGACAAUUCACAGGACACAGACUCUAGCACGGAGACCAAGUCGACCGGUGAUCCCAACGGGAAACCCAUGGACAGUAUUCUUGGCGGUGCCACCCUCAAGGAUGGCAGGAAGAUACUGUCGAAGGUGGUGACCAAGGGUGAUAAGAAGACCGAAGGCAGGGUUGUGGUGGGCGGUGUGAUGAAUCCAUUGGAAGGUGUUGACAUGGUGAAUAACAUGGAAUGCAAGUUCAACCUCAACUCCUACAAGAUGGUUUAUGUCGUCAACUCGGAGGAUUACAUGUACAGAAGAACCUCAAUCACCAAGGCAAAACAGGCCCAUCCGAAGGUCACUGCCAGGUUAUCAGGUCGCUUCCACGAAUGGGUGGACAAGUGGAGAGAGGCGAACGUCGGUGAUUCCGAGGAGGAGGCAGUCGAGAAGUGGUUCAUGGGCGAAGGAGAGAACCUGGUGCCGUGUCAGACAGCGAGCUACGAGAUCAAAAGCCCCAACGGAGUACACAGAAAAUUCAAGGUAACAUACCCAAAGAAAUCGCCAGAGGAACCCAGCAAGGAGUCGUGACUGCCGCCCAAUCCCUGCUUGGAACUAUGAACAAUGAUAAAAGCAGGCUGUAUUGAGUUACUUUGAACAUGCAUCAACCGCUGAAUCAGGUGUUAAGAAGGAUCACCACUCCAUGAUACUUCAAGUGUAUUCCCUUAUGAGGUCAUCUUAUCUAUUGAUAUUGUGGAACAGUACAUCACUCUAUGUUUGGAAUUCAUACAAAGAGAUCAACUUAUUAUUAUUUAUAGUAGCCCAAUGAGAUGCUUGCAGUAGCUCAUGCUUCUCUGUCGAGUGCUUGAAUUUUCUUUUUUUUUCAUAUUUGUGCGGAGUGCAGUAACAGAUUUGAGUAUUUAUCAGUGUGGAAAACUGGAAUGGAGACCCCAAUAGCAGAGCCUCAUGCAAAGGUGGCUUGUGGAAUUCCUCUCUGCAAAUUUAUUUACGUGUCAUGUAAACUUUGAAAUUUAGGGUGACUUUAGAGGCCUGACCAAAACAUGUGAUAAGGUCGUAAACCUACACGAAAGGGAAAUUAUGGUCUGUCAUGCCAACAUCAAACUCCUGACAUAUGAUAUUCCUUGUGCCUACAAGGAUCAGUUUUUCCCACGUAAAUGCAGAUUGUCUACUUUUCAGAUUGGUCGGUUUGAUAUCAAGAAAGAGAUGUAUUCUUGUGGGAAACAAGGUGACUGAUGGCUUCAAGUCCUCUCCAUAGGACCUGGUAGUGAAAAUCAUUUGCAUCAAGAACUGGGACAUGUUUCAUAAAGAGUUACAACUGUUGUAACUUUGCCAUUAUGGCAAGUUGGCAACUACCUACCAUGAUAACCUUGAAAUUUGAUUGGCUGCAGAGCCCUGUUGCCAUGGUGGUUGCCAUAAUGGCAAAGUUACAACGGUUGCAACUCUUUAUGAAACGGGCCCCUGAUUCUCAUACCAGUCCCAUUGUUGCGAGCUCAGGAUGUCAAUCCUAACACUAGCAUCAUUACAGGUUUGAUGUUAUGGUUAGUGCUAAUUUUGCACUCACUGCCAGCUUUCAAUAUCAAACUUUAAAAAUGUCAAUGCUUUCCCAAAGGCAGGAAUCAGGCCCCUCCUACUGGCAUCAUUGCAUAGGUUACAAGCCACUGAUUUGGGUUUUUAACCCGAGUUCCCUGUUGAGGAAACCUCUGCUCUAUCACUGAGCAAUCAUCCUAUCAAAUUGUAUUGCUAAUCACCAUUCUAUUUAUAUACACUUAUGGCCAGAUUUGUUGAAUACUUUGCUGCAUAUUUUCUUUUAAAAAGUGUGUAAAAAAGGGCAAUAUACAUUCCAGGUCAGUAUAGGAAUUCCCCAACAUUGAUAUAGUGUGCUUUUCUUUCCCUCACAUCUCUUCAUUUUAUUCCACCCACCCAUCUCCCUUUAUCACUUUGCCUUUCUUCACUAUCAAGUAUAAAUAUAGCUGAUAGUACCUAUUCAAUUGUAUUUAUUUUACCUGUGCAUUGUCAGAUCGAAUGAAUUAUGCCAUAUUCUUCAUUUUACAGAAUUUUUUGCAUAAAUCUGUGUGCAGGGCCUGGGGAGACUGAAUCAAUUCAUUUAAAUGCAGAUCUCAAAUCUGAAUAUGAAUUUGCUGACAUGGCAAGAUAUUUGGUGAGGCGGACAUUCUGUCACGUGAUAUGUAGGAUUUCAAGUCUUAUGAUUGAACAUAAUGUACUCCGUUGGAAUUCAAUCUUGUAUUUAUGCAGGUCACAAAGAUCAAACAACAAUACAGAUUGAGCAUGAAAAUGCCUUAUUUCUCUCUAUUUUCUUCAAAUGGGCUUUGUGUUACUUUUGCAAAAACCACAUAGAAUCAUGAAAGAUAGCGGUUUGUUUUGUAAUUGAGAAUGGUUUAGUUCACAACCAAAACUAUUUGGAGAUGAUAAUGUAAGGCCUUUUUACUGGUAGGAUCUAGUCUUCACCUCAUUCUGAAUAUUAAAGAGAUUUAUUCUUUUUAUAUCCAAGGUCGAAUGGAAGUUGAAUCAGAAUGAAGUUUGAACUGGUACUUACACAUCUGAAAACAUUCAAAUUCAAGACUCACUACACCAAAUUUAUGUUUUUCCUCCCCCCCCCCCCUUCCCUUCUCCCUAUUUUGCACAAUGUAAGGCUGGCUGGCUGUUCUUAGAGCUAAAUAGGUGUUUCAGUCCCAAUUAAUUUCUCAUCUUCCCAAUAGAAAAAGGGAUAAGUUUGACAUAGUAUUGUGUCCCUGGUCAUGUAGCACAAAGACUUGAGAUAGAUCGCAAGUAGAAAAGAAGGUUCCCGAUUGGUUCCUGGUAACAGUUUUGAACAAAAGAUGUAUGGAUCAAUGAUCUUGAUUGGCCAUUGCCAUGAAGCGAUAUUGCAAACCUACUGUGUCGUAGCAUUCUGGGCCCACUAACAUAAAGCUUACCAAUUGAUUGUGGAGCUGAUUUCUAAGAUUGAUUGCAUUGAUUGUGUAUGUUCAAUCACAGGAAUCAGCCUUCUGAUCGAUCACUAAUCUUUGUCUGACAGGGCCCUGGAAUUAUUAUGCUUGCCUCUUUCUAUCUGUGGAUAUGGAUUGUAACUUGGUCAUUGGUGCUGUGUUCCUAUUUAAAUUUCCAAUAAUGAAAUCAUUGCUUUUGUACAAUAUUAAUCUCAGGAUUAAAAUGCUGAAGAUCUGUUUAAAUAGCGCAAGCAUCGCGACUUUUCAUUGCACCCAUUUUGCCAUUGCAUAUUCUAAUAACUCCAACUAACAAUAAUAAAACUGAAUUCAUGCUGUUUUAUAUAACAUGGACCCUUUAUCACAAAGUGUAGCAUUUGAUCAUAGGGCCAAUUUUUAUGCCUGAUUACAUAAACCAUUGUGUGUAAUUAUGUGUACGAAGUAACUGUGUGAUCAAUCGCUUAGCUUUGUGCUUCCGGGGCCCUAUACUUGCCUUUCUUCAUACGGUCAGCUCUACCAGUAUUGUGCAAUGGGGAUUGGGAGAAAGUGUAUUUAGGGAAAGUGUUCAAUGAAUUGUGACAUUAAUUUAUUUUUUCUUCAAUUUGCAUUCACUUGACCCAUGCAUUUAGAACCAACAGAUUCUUUUCUAUUCCAAAAACACAUCGAACCCCAUGUUGUUUCUUUAAAGUGGAAGUUCAUCAUGAUAAUCAGUUUGUUGUAUGAAUACCAGAAAAAUGAUUUUUAAAAUACCGGUGAAGGUUUGAGGAAAAAUCCAUUGAAAAUUAAAGUUUAUUUUGAUUUUUGAGCAGCCCCAUAUUUUAUGUAAUAUAAGAUGCAUAAAUAUCAAUGUUGUAAUGUUUCAUGAUGACUUAAAAUAUGCUCCUUCCAGGAGCAAGAGUGAAAUUAUUUGUCUGUUGAUAUACUUGGGUACAAUAAAAGCCACUUUCAAUUUUUCAAGAAAAUGACAUUUCAUUGAAUUUUAAAUUCACAAUACAUUGAAAGCUGGUUGCAUAUAACGUCACAAAAUAAAAUAAAAAUAUCUAAAAACUUUUUAAAUCUACGAUGGAUGAUACUCGAUGUGAAGCCGAUAUUUGUUAUUAUUUUUCUGCUAUUUUUACAAUAAAGUUUUGUCAGAGUGAACUUCCCCUUUAAAGACAGUAAAGGUGAUUGUGUUGGUCCCACCUGUCAUAAACGGUCUACUUGAGAACCAAGCAUAGUGUGUACAUGUAUGAGAUGUUUAUUAUCUAUGGGUAAAACCGUGUACAAAUGUAAAUUAAACAAAUCAUGUCUAUAUUUACACUUUGAAACUUGGGUGUUGUGUAGAGACAUGUGUGUAUAUGUAUAUAUAUGUAAAUAUAUUUUUUGUAAAAAUAUUUGAAAAGAAAUGAUUAUUCCUGUAGAUACUUAUCAAUACCGAGUUGAUGUAAGUAUAUGGUAUUGUUCUCUUUUAUCAACUGCUACUACUACUUGUGGAAUAAGACCAUUUACAUAUAGCCCUUGUCUUUCUGUACAAACAUUGUUUGUACAGGUACAUGGUAUAUUUUGAAGAUGAGUGGAGAGUAGAUUAUGAUAUUGGUCGAAAGUGACAGGGAAUGGGCCAAAUAGGCUCAUUAGUAGGAGAAUGGAAACACCUGGCAUGCCUUGCACGAGUUAUGGGCUUUGGAAGCUUCUUCAACUGCAACACAAUACAGCUUGAAUAGGACAAUUUAUAAACGAGGGGGUCUUGAUUAUCUGAAUCCUGUUCUGACUGGAGUUAGAUUGGCAAGUGCAAGGUCAUCUAUCAAGGAAUGUUCAUGAACUUGAAACUAGAGUUACGUUAAUUGUAAAUUGGCCAUCAUGGAUUUCAUUUCGCAGCUAAUUUUAUUUGCAUAGAAAAUCAAAAUGAAAUUGCAAGCCAUACAGGUGAACAAAGAGACAAAAAGAAUGCAAGAUUUGGAUAUCAAUUUCGUCAUCCAGUUGCGUGUGGGUCUUGUCCAUUUGUAUUUCAAGAAAAUUUCAAUGAGAAUUUCUUUAUCUUUAUUUCUCAUCCUCCAAUUUCAGAUUACCUAUAUUAUUGUCAAUUAACUGGGUUAUAAUAUAUUUCCAUCUUGGUAGAAUCCUGGAAGGAUUACAUGAAGCAAUGCUUCUGUUCUUUCAAUUCAGGCUGUUAACCAGUCUCAAUGUGAAAAUCUCUCACACCAACAUGCAACAAUGUAUCAAUGUGCAGGUCACAAAUGUUGGCGGUCAAGAAAUUGUACAUGUAUUUCUCCUUGGUCUGUUUCUUUCAUUAUAUUCUCAUUCUUUUUCUUUCUUGUGAUAUUGGAAAUAGGGUUAGCCUUACAAAAAAUAAACCAUAAUUUAUUCAUGCAAUAGCUAUGAAUGCUUCCACUUGGUAAGAGUCGAUUACAUUGGUUGAUAAUUGGAUGUUGUGAUUACAUCCUCUUAUGCAAUAUUUACCGGUACUAGUCUCUGAUGAGACCAUUUUCUUGGCUCCACUUUACGUCUUUUGUCAAACUUCUCAUAUAUGCCAAGUAACGUUGCCUGGACUUGAUUUUGGGAGGUACGUCAUUGUACAUUGCAUGGCCAUUGUUUAUUUGUCCUAGCCAUUAUUUUUCCAGGGCUCGCUGUCACUAGUAUGCACGAUUAUGUGAAAGCGACGAUGCCUCACACACUCUAUUCAUUGUGCAGAAUGUACACGUAUAUCGUACACACGUUUGCAUUCACCAAGCAGGAGAUGGCUACUUGCAUGAGCUAUUGAGGCUCAGGCUCAGUCACCAUAUCCAGGCAACUCUAUCCUCUAUUUUCUCAAAGAACCUAUCCAGAAACUGAUCGUUCACUUACUGCCAUGACAUAACUGUAUUCUGCGACAUCACACACAUUAGCCAGGACAUGCAACCCUCACCUAAUAACUUACGGAAUAGUAACAAAUGUUCCUUCCCAGCUUUAUCUGAAAUGCUUGUGUUGUAUUUUUCUAUGCUCUUCUUUGUUCACCCUGUUACUGCGAUGCAAGGUAUUAUCUGUAAGCUUUUAAAGAAGUAUAUUUGUGUAUUUGUAAAAUCAAUACCAUUUUGAUUUGUGUGAGGAUUAUUAUUACAGUUGUACAGAUGUGUUAUCUGGUCAUUGAUGAAGCCAGGAUACUUGUAAUAAAAUGAUUUGGGGAAAACCAA